CACUGUGGGUGCUCGACGCGAAGAAAGUAGACAAAGAAAAAGCAACAGAGAAAGGAGCUGUGAACUUAAGUUCUAAUAUUGGUUUUGUACAAAACAACCAAAGACUUCGUUUCGUUUUUUCGAACCGAGAUUCAGAAACUGAUUGUCAGAAAUACACGGAUACAAGUAGUGACCGGCCCUGGGCUGGCUCCAUCGGUUUGGUAGCAGAAACAACUGUUUGGCAAGUUCACUGACUUCGGAAGGCAACAACCGAGCAGAAUGUCCUACCAAAUGCAAGGAGGGGCAAUGCCAGCUCCAACGAACAUGAUGGACACAAGCUACAUGGGAAGCGUGGACCCUGGUUCACAGACCGUCAUGUGGCUUCAGGGGAACUGCGUUUCCGACUCUGGCAUUCACUCCGGGAUAACAACCAAGGUGCCGUCCGUCUGUGGAGACGAAGUUGCGGAUGAACAGAUGGUGCUGGGCUGGGACCAGCAAGGGUUCGACAUCGGCUUUCCGACGGAUCAAGUCGUCGAAGGCAUGACCUUACCAGACCAGACUAGUUCACCACAGGAUCAGCCUCCAGUGUUCCCCGACACGAUAGACAAGAGUAUGGAAAUUCCACCUCCACAGUACGAACAGCUCGAGCCUCAACAACAUCGACCCUUUGAACCCUCCCAGACGCUCAAACACACCAUGGUCAACCUCAUCAACAACCAAGACGAUGCCGACCUCGCCACCCGUGCCAUUCCGGAGCUCAUUCCGCUGCUCAGCGACGAGGACCAAGUCGUCGUCGGUCAGGCCGCGGUCAUGGUUCACCAGCUGUCCAAGAAAGAGGCGUCGUGCCACGCCAUCUCCAACUCUCCGCAGAUGGUGGGAGCCGUCGUGAGAGCCGUGUCGACGAUGAGCGACGUUGAGACCAUGCGCUGUGCAGCCGGCACGCUGCACAACCUGUCGCACCAUCCUCAGGGGCUCUCGGCCAUCUUUAAAUCUGGAGGCAUUCCGGCGCUCGUCAAACUGCUGGGCUCUCCCGUAGAGUCUGUGCUGUUUUAUGCCAUCACUACGUUGCACAACCUGCUGCUCCACCAAGAUGGAGCGAAAAUGGCCGUGCAGCUUGCAGGGGGACUCCAGAAGCUUGUAUCGCUUCUCCCAAGAAACAAUGUCAAGUUUCUGGCCAUCGUCACCGAUUGCCUUCAGAUCGUUGCCUAUGGCAACCAAGAGAGCAAGCUAAUCAUCCUGGCGAGUGGGGGACCUGCCCAUCUGGUCCGCAUCAUGCGCUCCUACACGUAUGAGAAACUCCUCACCACAACGUCUAGACUGCUUCGGGUGCUGUCCGUGUGCUCGCGGAACAAGCCCGCCAUCGUUGAAGCGGGUGGUGUGCUGGCAACAGCGAUGCACCUCGGACAUCAGAGCCAACGCCUGGUACUCAACUGUCUGUGGACGCUGCGCAACCUGUCCGACGCCGCGACAAACCAGGAGAACGUGGAAGGCCUGCUGUCGAGCCUCAUCCAGCUCUUGGGCAGCAGCGACAUCAGCAUGGCAACUUGCGCUGCUUGGAUUCUGUCCAACAUGACCAGCAACCACCAUCGCAACAAAGUCACCGUCUGCCACCUGGGAGGCGUCGAGGCUCUGGUGCGGACCAUCAUUCAGGCAGGCGACAGCGAAGAGAUCACGGAGCCUGCUGUGUGCGCCCUUCGUCAUCUGACAUGCCGUCACCCCGAAGCGGAAACGGCUCGGAAUUCCGUCCGGCUCAACUAUGGACUUCAAGCUGUUGUGAAGCUGCUCCAUCCACGUAGUCGCUGGCCUCUCAUCAAAGCCGUCAUUGGACUCAUCCGUAACCUGGCGCUCUGCCCAGCCAAUCAUGCCCCGCUCCGCGAGCACGGCGCAAUACCGAGAAUCGUUCAGCUCUUGCACAAAUCUCACCAAGAUACGCAAUGGCACCUUCUGAGCAUGGCAUCCAACGGAAGCGAAGGUGUGUACGCCGAAGGAGUCCGGAUGGAAGACGUUGUCGGGGGCACUGUCGGAGCGCUCCACAUCCUGUCGGGCAAUGCCCAGAACCGCAACAUCAUCCGCAGCUUGGAAGUUAUUCCAAUUUUAGUGCAGCUCUUGUACAGUGAAGUGGAAAACAUUCAACGAGUCGCUGCAGGUGUGCUGUGCGAACUUGCAGCAGACAAGGAAGGUGCCGACAUGAUUGAGGCAGAGGGAGCCACCGCUCCCCUCACAGACCUCUUGCAUUCCAGUAACGAAGGUGUUGCGACCUACGCCGCAGCCGUGCUCUUCCGAAUGUCCGAGGGCAAACCGGGUGAUUACAAGAAGCGGCUGUCGUCUGAACUCACAAACUCCAUGUUCAGAGAAGACUCCAAUCCGUGGGGAGGGACGGUGACAGACAUGGACAUGAACAUAGACACGUACCAGGACCAACUGUACCAGGGUGACCACAACCAGUUCUCCCAAGCGGACGAUGCCUUUGGCCUCGGAAGUAACCUCUGAUUGGAGUUUUGUCCUUUUCCUGCCUAGCUUUGUUUUUGUCUCUUUCGGACUCCAUGGUGCAUUUCCCCUUUCAUACAGAUUCCUGUCACUACGAUUGAAAUGAGUGUUUUCCCACCGAGCAUGUAGGGGAGCAGUAGAUGAUAUGCCAUGGUUCAGUCUAGUAUUACUGCGUAUGCAAAUGCGUGAUAUUUUUCGACCGACGCACGAAUGCUGUGGAAGUCUGAAUAACUAUGGAAUUGAUAGACAGAAAGAAAUUGUGCCAUAACCUCUCAACUUUAACAGUUGACACUGCACUGAAGAGUGGAUCAAUAAUUAUACCCUCGUGUUUUGGGGGGGUUUUACUUUUUUUUAGAAUAUUGGGUAAAAAACUAGUUUUAUUUUCGGGAGUCGUAAAAUAGGGUAAGAUCUGGCGAUAAUCUUUGGAUGAACAGAUGUGGCAGUGUUGAGUGCAAAGUACAGGUGGCUGCAUUUGCACUUGUUUUUUUUUUUUUCCUGAGUUUAUCCCUAAAGCAUGAGGCUUUCUGUGUAAUGACACGUUGUUGCAUUUAGAGCUGGACACGAGCCCUGUUCAGUUUUUAUCUUUUUAAUCAAAGUGUCCACGUUCACACUGUUGCAUUUUCGAACUGGGUAAGUUUGAGUCCCGUUCGGUUUUUAAUCCAGAUGUCCGCAUUUAAAGCUUGCAUUUAUGACAUUACCUCUGUCUGCGAUGAGAGCAGAACAGAGAUAUGGAUAAGAGCCACGCAUUUGUUUUAGAACAUUGGUGACCUGUGCUGGUGAAUGCCACCGGCAGAAAAUGUGCCUUACGUAUCCUUGUCGUCGUUGCACGGGAAGGUGCGACUGUGAAGCGUCAUUUUUGUGUGUACUUCCUUUUUGUACUGUUAGUCCUGCAUUACAGAAACAUGGUAGUAUGCCAUCAACUUUCCCUUUUUUUUUGUGCCUUAAGUGUUCACGUAAAUGUGUAUUUGAAGAAUGUUGCGACAUCCUGUUCUUCAACGAAAUUGUAACGCAACCAGUACCUAAGAACGCUGCGAGUUCUUUAAGUUCCAUGCACGAGCUUGCGGAAAAACUGUGUCUACAUACGCAGUCGUGUAUUUUGAGAAUGUUUUGCAAGCCCCUAUUUCCAGUUAGUUUUCACGAGCUACACGCACAAACACACGGUAACCAGUCAGUAAAGAUUCUACAUAAGCUUACAGCAAAUCUGCAUGCAAGAAUAUUAUGCCCAAGUUCAAAUAUUGCGCGUGUUUUUACUGUCUGAGAGUAACUUAAGUUACAAGCUAUAGGAACAUCUCAGUUAUCUGAACAAAUCACUUCGUUGCAGCUCUUACGUCUAGAUGCAUCUGAACUUUGUUACGCAAAUAAAGUGGUGGUCAUACUUCAUGAAACA